AUGUCUGAUUUACUACAGGAGUUGCUCCCCAAGAAUGUUACUCAUAGCUGGACUGAGAGAGUAUUUGGGAAAUGUGGCAAUGUGGUUUAUAUAAGUAUUCCACAUUACAAGUCUACUGGAGACCAUAAGGGAUUUGCCUUUGUGGAGUUUGAAACAAAAGAACAAACAGCAAAAGCCAUUGAGUUUCUGAAGAACCCACCAGAAGAAGCACUUAGAAAGCCCUGUACACUCCCCAAGAGAGUGAAAAGCAAGCCCACCCCUUCCUUACAGGCAGCUGGUGAGUGCUUAAAGAGAAGAAAAAGAAAAAAGGCAGAGAGCGUGCAGGCCAAAGAGUCCACUGUGGACAGCAGCAGCUCAGGUGUGUAUAAAGCCACCAAGAGACCAAGGACUGCCUCUGAGGGCUCUGAAGCAGAAACCCCAGAAGUUCCAAAGCAACCUGCAAAGAAAAAGAAAAUGCGGGACAAGAUGGAAGCAUCGAGCUUACCUGAAGUCAGGGCAGGGAAGAGGGAGAGAAGCUGCGCGAGGACGAAGACCGCCUCCUCUCCCCCAAGGCCAAAAGCAAAGAAAAGGGCUCAGAAGAAUGGCGUCCGCCAAGCCGAUUCUGAGGUCGACAAAGAGAGCAGAGAGACUGUGGCAGUAGGACUUAAAUUCUGCUCUACUGAAGAGGAGACAGGAGACAGAAAAGGUGACUCACUCUCAAAGGUGAAGAAACAUAAGGAGAGACACAAAAUGGGUGAGGAGGUUAUACCACUGAGGGUGCUGUCCAUUUAA